AUGCCCGUGUCGCACAACCGUUCCCUUUCGGGCUCCUCGUCUGAUGACCUUUCCCCGACUCCUACGGCAGCAACAUCAACAGAAGAAUCCCACAGUCCGGUUGACAAGAAGAGGAAGACACCGGCAGACAGUGAGUCUCCCGAGACGCGGGACUCUGAGCGUCCUCGGCCGGUCUCCUGGCCUUCGGGGCCCGUGGAACCUCCGACGCAGCUUCCUCCAAUUGCUAUGCCUUCCAUCCUGAACCCGGCCAAGGGGGCAUCUCAUGUCCGCAUGCCAUCCUCUCCCACCCCACGUUUCGCCCAUCCGUCGUCGGCCCACCCGGCCAAACGGCUCUCGCUGUCCCCAGGAUCGCAGCACCGCUCGAUGACCACACCUAUCUCGAGCAGCUAUCCCGGAAAGCUGAGCACAAAUAACUCUCCCUUGGCACAAGAGUCCCGGUCCGGUGUGUACAGCACGCCUGGAUCACCACUGACCUUGGACCCUCCGAUAAUGUCUGCCGCAGCGCCAACAUCGACCUCUGUCCACUCUACGCCAACCUUCCACAGCCGGCGGAUCAGUGCGAACCCAACUCCCAACCCAAGUCCGCAAGAAACAACCGCCAGCACUCCCCAGUCCAUCUACAGCCACUUUGGACGGUCGUCCCCUUCCUUGUCUGGGCAAUCGCAGGUGCCACCCAUGAUGCAUCCUUCGCCCUACGGGACACCCGACUCUGCCAGCCGUUUCCCACAUGCGAUGGGGGGCCAUCGCUACCCCACAGAGCCCCCGAUGGGUAUGCAGCCGGACCAGAACGGCGCAUUGAUUCCGUGCGUGUUGGACCUCAAGUCCGGCUCCUCGAGCCAGGCAGAGAAGCGCAAGGCCAACAGCGAUGCGUCGCGCCGGUUCCGCAACCGCAAGCGGAAUGAGCUGCAGAUGGAGCAGAAGAUUACUGCCCAACAGGAGGAGAUGCGCAAGCAGGCAGACCUCCUGCAUCGCCAAACCCAAGAAAUCCAGGCCCUAGCGCAGGAACGCGAGUACUACCGUUCCGAGCGGGAUUUUUACCGGGAACAACUCGGUCGCGUGCUCCCGCCCAGCCAGCUUCCUGCACGCCCAGCCUCACCUCGGGCACUGUCGUCCGCCAUGGAAAAGCCCGGCAAUGAGUCGGUGUGGCAGCAGGGUGCAGCACCCGCGACAAGCCUUCCGGCCCCCAUUCCCGCCACGAGGGCGCCAGGCACAUGGACGACGGCGCCAUCCGCAUACACUACCGCUCCAUCCGCGAACACCGCGGAGGAGCCGGCCCGAUCAUUGCCUCAGAUCUCCGCGACCUGGGCACGGUCCUAA